AUGGGAGUGAGGGGCGUGCGGGCCGCCCUGUGGGGCGCCGCUCUGCUCUGCGUGCUGGGCCUGGGCCAGCACUCCCCUGGGGCCCGGAGCUGCGGCCCCGGCUGCGUUCUGCGGGGCACCGGGGAGGGUGCACGCUGCUGUGGCUCCUGCGUCUCAGAGGCCUGUCCGAAGGGGAACUGCACGUGUGUCGAGCCCGGGUUCCACUGUGCGGACCCAGAGUGUAAGACCUGCAAACGCCACCCCUGCCUGGCCGGCCAGGAGGUGAAGGCCCACGGGGAGUUCACCUUCGGCUUCGAGUGUGUCGACUGCGCUGCAGGGACCUUCUCUGGGGGCAGCAGGGGCUGCUGUAAACCUUGGGCAGACUGCUCCCAGCCGGGGUUUCGCACCGUGUUCCCUGGGAACAAGACGCACAACGCCGUGUGCGGCCCGGCGCUGCUGCCCACUGAGCCCCGCCUCCCCCUGACCCUCCUCCUCCCCGUGGCCACCUGCACCCUCGUCCUGGCUGUGGUCCAGCUCAGCCUGCACAUCUGGCAGCUGAGGAGGCAGCGAGUGUGCUCCCCAGAGACCCAGCUGCUCCUGGAGGCACCGCCCCCAGCCGAGGACGCCUGCAGCUGCCAGUUCCCCGAGGAGGAGCGGGGGGAGCAGCCGUCGGAGGACAAGGGCCAGCUGGGGAACCUGUGA